AUGAAGCCGACGGCUAUGCCCGCCUUUUGGGCCGGAGUUGCAGGGGCUGGAUCCACUGGAGUGAUUGGAACACUCGGGGGUGGUGGACGAGGCUUUGGAAAUGGUGGCGGUGGCGGUGGCGGUGGUCUCUUUGGGGGUGGAGGAGCGAACUUAGGCGGUGGUGGUGGCGUUGGUGUCCUUGGAGGUGGAGGGGCGAUCUUAGGGGGUGGUGGUGGUAACCUUGGAGGUGGAGGACAGAUCUUAGGAGCUGGAGGAGGCGUUGGAGGUGGUGGAGGAUUGAGCUUGGGAGGUGGCGGACGAGUAGGCGGUGGUGGUGGCGGUGGAGGCGGUGGCGGAGGGGGAGAUCUCCGUGGUGGUGGCGGCGGUGGUCUUCUAAAUCCUGGAUACGAAGGUGGCGAUAAGUUUGCUCUUGGAGAGGGUGGGACGAACUUUGGAUAUGGUUUUGGAGGACUGUAG